AUGUCGUCGCACGUGCCCUCCAAACCGGAGGACAUCGACACCAGAUCUAUCAUCUCCUUGCAAGAAUUAGAUCCAUCGCCUGUUCAUGAUGGUCCAGAUGUGGAAAGCGGCGAAUACUUCCCUAGGGCUGCCUCUCCCACGCAACAUGGAACUGGAAUUUCAUUCCCGAAACUAGGGCUUAGUGGGCAUCGCUGGGAUUCAUGGCUGACUGGUAUUCAAAAAUACUCCACCUACCCACCUACGGCUUUCUUCAUCUUACAUCUCGCCAACACCUCUCUUAUUCCGCUCGUGACUCGCUCCGUGCCCGCGAGCGAAUCCUACCUUCUGCUCACACGACCCGUAUACCAGGCCCCCGGGCUAGAGCACCUUGUCCUAACAAUUCCUAUAAUUGCGCAUGUUGCCUCGGGAAUUGCUCUCCGCAACAUUCGUGCUGCGCGUAGAGCACGUCUGUACGGCGCCGAGACUCGCGCACAGCGAAACGCGUUAUAUUUCUGGCCGCGCAUGUCUUUACAAGCGCGCACUGGAUACUUUGUCGCGCCGCUGAUUGCAUUCCACGUAUGGGUCAACCGUGCCACGCCAUUGAUCGUCGAAGGAGGAAGCUCUGGCGUAGGACUUGGAUAUAUUGCUCAUGGCUUUGCUCGGAGUCCUGUGUUCUGGAAUGUCUUCUAUUUCUUCUUUGUGACUGCCAGUGUGUGGCACUUCAUUGGUGGCUGGGCGACCUGGAUGGGCUGGAGAGUAACCAGUGCGCGCAAGGAGCGUGGCCAAAAAGGCUCGUUGGAUGGUAUCCUUGGAUUUACUGAAACAAAGACUAAGAGGCAGCGCAAAAUGUGGUGGACUGUCAAUGGAAUUGCCGCCGCUGGCGCAGCUCUCUGGCUUGCAGGUGCUCUUGGUGUUGUUGGACGUGCCGGUGAAGGAGCUGGUUGGGAAGCCAAGGGGUGGAACGAGAUGUAUAGCCAGGUCCCGAUCAUUGGGCAGUGGCUAUGA